AUGGCAUCAGGCAGCGAAGGUCCACUACCCAUGGAAGAUGAUGCCGGGCGGCGAGAAUGUGUUAUGGACGUAUCACCAGGCAGCAAUGAGACUUGGUUAACAGAAUGCGACCCCAACAUUAAGCCAACACAAGGUCAAUUGUUUAAAAACUUAGACGACGGUAUUGAAUUCUACAUGAAGUAUGCAUCUAUAGCUGGCUUUGAUGUGCGUCGAAGUUCUGACAAGAAGAACAGGUACGGGGCCAUUUUAAGGAAAAAGAUGGUUUGUUCACGCGAAGGUUUUAAGGAAACAAAAACCACAGGGCCGGCUGUUAGUGAUGCACCAACCAAGGCCAGACGCCGCCGGCCAUCAACUAGAGUUGGGUGCAUGGCUAGGAUUGUAUUCAAACAAGACAAGGCGGGAAGGUAUGUUGUGACGACAUUCGAAGAGGCACACACGCACUGUUUGUGCGAAGAGAGUUACAAGCCUUUCUUGAAAGUGAAUAGGAAACUAGAUGUUGGUCACCAACAAUUCAUAACGAAUUGCUCUAAGGUUAAUGUCGGUGCCAGUAAGAGCUUUGACAUAUACGCAGAGAUGGUUGGUGGAGUUGAGAACGUGGGUUGUACGCAGCAAGAUUUCAAGAAUUACCGAAGGGAGGUGUUGGCAUACAUGCAAGGUAGAGACGCACAAAUGGUAAUAUCAAAAUACCUUGAUAUCAAAUCUGACUACAGUGACAUGUACAGUCUCGUGUUUGUCCCAUUCACAGGCGUAGACAACCACAAAAAAUGUGUGACAUUUGCAGUAGCACUAAUUGCUAGGGAAGAUGUGGACUCGUAUUGUUGGGCGCUGAGGAAUUUCAAGAUCGCAAUGGGCAGCAUACCGCGUAUUACAGUAACCGAUUAA